UUUUUUUUUUUAUUCUACAAUGAAGAAUUUUUCAUGUGAAUGUAAUCAGCAAGAUAAUAAUAGACUGUUUCCGACAGAAUUGUUAUUAUGUAUAUUUAGCUACUUGGAUGGUAUCACCUUGAAUUCUUGUAAACAAGUAUGUCGACAUUGGCUUCGAGUUAUUUUACAUUACGAUGAUGUCAUAUGGCCUAAUGUUUGUCACCGAGAUUUUGAAAAAUUCAACACUCGACGAUUUUGGUCUCUACAGUUUCCAAUACCUUCUUCUAAUAAAGGGAUAUGUAACAAAAAUCAACGAAGCUGGCAAGAUAUGUAUAGGAUUACGAAGAAUUGGUAUAAUGGCUAUGCUAAAGGAUUCUAUCCUUCUGUUGUAACCAAUAGUAGUAGUAGCAUAAAUAAUAAAUUAGUCUCUUGUUGUACAGUUAUUGGUACACCACAAGAACAAGGUAUGUUUACAAACUUAACCGUUUCUCCUCAUGCUCAAAUAAUACGAUCAAAUCCAAAUUAUCAUCAUCCUAUGACUGGAUCUCAAAGUCUUAUAAUUCAAUCUCCGAGAACAAAAGAGAGAUUCUUUUUUGAGGCUACUACUACUACUAGUAUACCUAAUAAUUGGACAGAAGCGAUAAACGUACAUUCGAUUGUUUGUCAUUACACUCAUCCUUCUUCAAAAUGGUUAGCUACAGGAGGGCUCGAUGGUACAGUUGCUAUCUGGGAUUUAUCAACUAAAUCCUUAGUAAGAAUAUGGCAUGGUCAUCGUGGACGUACAUUAUGCAUUAGUAUGAAUAAUGAUGUUGUCGUAAGUGGCGGAUCAGAUAAUGUUAUUUGUGUAUGGGAUUUAGAUAAAUGCAAUGACGACAACUGUACAGAAUGGACAACUCAUCAUCGACCCACACGACGAGGCAUGAUUAAUAUUUCAUCCUAUUUGUCUGGAAGAAAUGAUUGGUAUCAGGGUGUAGGGGAAAUUGAAGUGAAUGAUCAUCUAAUAGCUUGUGCUCCUGAUGCAUCUGGACCGAUACUUAUAUUUUCAUUAUUGACUGGAUCACUUGUCUAUGAAUUACAGGAAGAAACAUUACAACAGCAGCAAGAUAGUGAAUGGAUUACAGAGGACAUCUCAGCUUUUACUCGACCCUGUCUUACUCCCUUUUUCCUGCUUGCAAAGGGUAAAGUCGCUAACAACAAAAUAAAUGCAGUUAAAUUAGUGCCAUCCGAUCAAAAUAUAGUGCUUCAACGUAAUCAUCAUAGUAAUAACCAAAGAAAAUCAGCAAUGGGUUAUAUAGCAAAACUGGAUGAUAACAAAAUAAAGGAGAUACCAGCAGUUGCACACAUGACACCCUAUCAGUUAUACCAAUAUUAUAAAUCUAUCAACACAGUUGAAGAAGAUAACCACCAUCAUCUAAUCAUGACGAUACCUCAAACAAGUGCUUGCAUUAAUGUGUGGGAUUUACAAACGGGGAAGAUUGCUUAUAAACUUCUUCCUACUCUAGAGAAUCCAUACCAAAACUAUACAAUUACAGAUAUAAGAUUAACCCCUGACUUUUCAAAAGUAUUUGCUUCUAUUGAAGUUCGUGCACAGAAUCAUUAUGAAGAAAGACUCUAUUGUUGGGAUUUUGAUUUAAAGAACUCAACAGAUUAUCAUCAAGACUUUGACAUUGUAGAAUUAGAUAAUGUAGACUCUAAUUUAAGGAAAACUGGCAAAUCUUGGGUUUGCUUUAUGUAAUUAUUGCUUUCUAUAUACAAUUAUGUAGGUUUCUUACAGCACCCAUCUGAGGAUUUUUAUUUAAAGAAAAAAAAAAAAAAGAAAUACUCCCUACUUAGUCUGAUUCUAGCAUCCAAUGUCGUG